CUGUCCCGCGCGACGUCGCGCACCUCGCGCACGUCGACGCUUUCUCGUCACCAGAGCCUCAUCAAGAGGAGCAUUGAGAUGCAUGACCUCAAGCCUGCGGAUGUCCUCAUUGAACGGUUCACAGCUUGGAAGGCUAUCGUUAGGCAGCUUACUGCAUGGUUUGAGGGUAUUGCUGAAAUCGAGAAUAACACGGCAAGGGACAUGAUGAAGCUCGCUGGCGUCAUUCAAGUCCCUUUCCGGGCUGGAAACCAGUUCCUCGGUGAAGGAGGUCUUCAGGACGUGUUCUACACCAUCCGAGACAAAUCACGCAUCGUCGCUGACCACCAUGCCGACCUCGGCCGCACGAUCCAGGGUACAAUCGUCCUUCACCUUCAGAAACUCACUACGGAGAUCAAAGCCCAUAUAAAGAAUGUGCAAAGUGACACAGCCAAGCUGGCACAGAACGUGGCCAAAGAACGCGAAGUCUCUGAGAAGCUCCUUGGUGAUCUCGCUAACCACAUCUCGACGUUCAAAAACACCCCGGGGAUGGUUCAAGCUCGUCAAGACCCGUACCUAACCAACGCAGCUGUAGCCCGCCAAAUGCAGCGCCAAGUCCUCGAAGAAAACCUGCUCCAAAAAUCGCUCGUCAUGACCCAACAAAACAGCGCAGCCUUUGAACUCGGCAUCGUCCGCUCCAUCCAAUCCGCCUGGAACACAUUCGAAGAAUGGCAGUCCCGCGCCUCGGUCCAAUCACAAGCCCUCUUCCAGUCCCUCUCCGCACACAUGGCCUCCCUCACGCCCGAUAGAGAAUGGAUCGCCUUCGCAGCGCGUUCCGACCACCUCUUGGACCCCGAAACCCCCAUGCGUACAACGCAAAGCGUCACAUGGCCGUUGAAAGACGAUCCUUGCGUCGUUUCAGUACACACGGGCCAUUUGGAGCGGAAGAAACGCUUCACGCGGGCUUAUAACGAGAAUUACUUUGUCCUCACACCCGCUGGGUUCUUGCACGAGUUCGCCUCGUCCGAUCCUACCACCCCCGCCGGCCAGGUCCCCUCUUUCUCUUUGUUCCUGUCGUCGUGCACGUUAGGCCCGCCUAGCACCAUCAAGAGCAAAAGCCACAAAUUCCAUAUCGAGGGACGGAAGGAAGGGACGGGGACCACCAAAGGUGGUGGGUUGCGCAGUAUGAUUGGAGUUAACAAGGCGUGGAGUUUCCGAGCUAGGAGUCGGGAUGAAAUGAUGGAGUGGUGGAAUGAUAUUAGGAUGUUGUGUGCGAGGUACCUGGUUGCUAGUGAGCAGCUUGAGAGGAGUGGGCCUGUUGAGGCUGCUGUUAGGAGUGCGGGGUAUAUUAGUGGCGGUGAGGAGGAAGAGGAGGAGGAGGAGGCGGAGGGGAGUAGUGUUGAGGAGGAGGAGGGGGAGGGUGUUGAUGAGUAUCAGGAUGCGCAGGAGGAGCAGAGG